AUGAUAUUUGUAACUGAUAGAAACGGUGAAGUGGUUUUACAGCCUGCAACAGGUGAAAAUAUCAGAUACGUACUUCCUUUAAAUUUUCAACUUGACAAUAACGACUUUAAUCUCCCUCCUCCUUUAGAUUUGCAAUUCAAACUACUUUGGACCUGUGGAGUUACAAAAGCUACUCUGGACAAACACCCACUUCACAGUGCAUUUUCAAAGAAAUUACCUAGAACAACACUAAAGACUUUUGGUCUUGACAUCUCUAUCAUGAAGAUGGCGUUAUACAGAUAUAUGACAAAUUUCAAGAAUAUGUGGUCGACCAAGAGUAGAUCUGUAAAACACCUCAAUCGUCUGAUUGACACUUUGCUCAAGAUACAUUUGGCACCUACACGUGAGAAACGAUACAAGGACUUUAUAGCUAAGCAAAAAGUAAAAGCAGAUAAAGAAAAGGAAGAAAAAGGACAACACGUUAUGCAAGCUCAAGUAUUCCCUAUGAAAGGAUUAGCGUUAUCAAGAAAUGGAAAAAGAAAGCUUUUUUAUUAUGAACGUAGAGCUGAAAAAGAAGCUAUAACGUCUCUUGGUACUAUUUCAGUCACUGAAACCGAAGAUGAGACUGAUAUGCGACUGGAAAUCGCUGCUGAUACAGAUCCCAUUGUUGACCAAGAAACUACUAUAGCAGAAGAAAAAACUGGUUCAAUGAGCAAUGAUAUUCCUAGACGACGAUUGAAGACCUUAAGAGGUGUUAUCAAAGAUAUACUGUUUAAGCGUGAUAGCCACGAUAUUGAAGAAGACGAAGUUAGCAAUAAGCUUGCCGAUGCAGAAUCGAAGGAAUUACAAACUUAUGUUCUUAUUAUCAACUUCUUGAAGCCAUACAUGCCCUCAAAACAAAACUUUUACACAAUAUCACAUCAAAUUCCUUUCUUCUUGAUGGCCAAUGAUAUUUUGCACGCUACAGGCUAUAGCAAGUUUACUGCAAAUACAACAUCGCAUCUUGUACCAAGCAAUUUAAACGCUCUGAAAGUUGAUGCUCCUUCCCUUUUUGCUCUCUUUUGCACAAAAACCAAGCAAGGCGUUCUGACUGUCUAUAAUUUUAAUGGUGACGCAAUAAUAUCUAGACAAAUAGCCACAAAGUCUAAGGAUGCCAUGUUUGGCUCUUUAUUUGAUCUGAUUGCAAUCAAAAAUGUAUGUAACAGCUAUGGAUUAGAAUUUGCUCACAACAUGUACGUGCUGCCUGGUUUAAAGACUGUCCAUAUAAACGGUACGCUGAAAAAGCCGGUUCUUGCCGAGACAUAUCCUGUCACUAGUGUUACAUCAAAUCCUGCUCGAAGAUCCGUUCACCAUUUACAGAGUACACUUUUGCAAACAGGAUUGAAAAAUGUCUUGAAAGAAUGCAAGUACUACCUCUUGCAAAACAACAUCAAUGAAGAUAAAAAGAAAUGGAUCCGUAAGCGUGCUGAACCAUUACAUCAGCAAGAGACCGAGCAUAUCCACCAGAUGUACCAAAGAAUAGAACAGAUAAAGACACGCAAAGCUGAAUUCAAUGCAAGAUUACACAGAAUGAAAGAGGAAUUAUCAACAGAAAGAACAAAAACUUAUCUUAAGCGAAAACAACUGACAACUUCAUCCAAUAGAACUAGAGAGGAACAAAGAAUACAUAUUAUCACACAAGAUGCACUUAAGUGUAUCGACAAAGUAAAAAUAUGA